CCGCAAACCCUGGUUGAAUCAGGGAGAUCGAUCCCAAUCCUCUUUCUCUUCAGCUGCCUCAUGCGGUAUGUCCUUUGCAGGUAGUCUGCCUUGCCCCGAAUAGUGCUCGGGAAACCAUGGACCCAUCACCCCAGGGGAGCUCGAGCAGUGUUACCGUCGAGUAUACUGAUCCGUCCGGCCUUUUCCCCGCCCUUCAGCCUGUUCUCGCCAACAAACUCCCGCUCAGGAAUCUACACUGGAAAUCACCUACUCGUCCUGUCCGGUCCAUUGAGUCCCUGCGAAUUGGCUUCGUACCUGCGCAGCAUGAAGCGGACGAGCAAAAUGCCUCCACCGAUACAGCUGGAACCGCAGUGACACAUCGCCGGCACCAGAUUCCUGGACUAAGACAAACGCCAUACCUGAAGAUCUUCCUCCUUCGAUGCGACGACAACGACACCUACAAGGCUACCGCGCGGCGGGCAUUGCGGGAUUGGAUCAAGUCUCACGCCUCCACCUCCCUAUCCAAUACCACCACAAGUAGCCAGGAGAAGCACGAUGCGUUCGACUGGCUUAUCUUACACGUAGUGCAGGAUGGGGAGGGCGCCGCACAAGCCGCCCCAGCUUCCAAAUGGGGGCGCACCACCACGACGGUCUUAGAAAAGGUCAGGGCGGAUUUCAAUGGCGCGUCCAAGUCCGCCGUUGAUCGCGUGGCUCAGAUUCGUCUGCCUAAACAAGACAGCGUUGUCAAGCCGCCAGAGCUGGCCGAUCAAGUCGAGGACUUUGUGGAGAAGAUGAAGAACGCGAUUCUGUCGGCUUUUGACCUGCGUGUUGCACAGUAUGAGGAAGACAUCAAGGAGAAGGACUCACAGCGCAGUUUACCCGGCUGGAACUUCUGCACAUUCUUCAUCUUGAAGGAAGGGCUGGCCAGGGGGUUUGAAAAUGUCGGCUUGUUCGAGGACGCUUUGCUGGGAUACGAUGAACUUGCCGUUGGCCUGGAUACUGCCAUUUCCGAGCAACUGGAAGGUACUGGUGAACAGCACGGCAGUGCUUUUUUGACCCACAGCAAAGACUGGCAGCAAUCAGCGAAACAGGCCCUUGAGUUCGAGAGUGACUCUGCACCAAAGGAUGAAGAUGAUGCCGAGCCGGUAUCGGUCCCCAGCCUUGACUCGAGUGACUUCCCAAUCGAUUCGAACAAGAAACCUUAUCGUGAAAUGAUCCUGGCAAGCAACAUCUCUAUCUUUGACUUCCGCACGUAUGUCUUCUCUCGACAAGUCACUCUCCUUCUCCGAGCAGCCAGGGCUCCAUCUCUGGUCAAUCAAGAAGCAGAGAGGAACAAGAACUCAGCCAACAAAGCCACGAAGGCUGAAAACUUGAUGCUGCUUUCUCAGGUCUGUGCCAGAGCCAAUGAGUUCAUCAGCCUUGCGGCACGAACCUUGAGGUCUGAUCUUGAAACGGGCCUGAGUGAAGUGGAUAGCGCCGCAAAGCACGAGGUGAUUGACAAUAUGGUGUCGUCUUGGGUCUAUGCUGCUGCCUCUCAAAUCCUUGCCCAGACUUUCACACCAGCAUUGACGCUUCCGGAGACCACCUGCCAUGUCGCGAACAACGAAUCGGGGACUACCAAGUCCGUAGAAGGCGCAGGGGAGCUUCCGAAACGAACUAGCUCGCUUAUGAACUCUUCUGCAGCGCGUUCACGGUCUGGGACAUCGGAUGUCUUAUCGUCUGAGAGCCUUUCGGUCUAUGCUCGGCCGGGUUUGGAGGUACCCAAACCGACCGCCAAAACUGGCUCCGAGCAGUUGGCUUCCGGGAGAGGGGAUCUAUAUCUCAUGGCUCGACGGGCUUUGGAGGAGGUUUCUGGUAGGUGUGGCUGGAAAGAGAAAUGGAAUGAACUCCGUCUACUUUUUGAUGAGGGGAAUAAUGCAGAAAACGACAUGGCUGAGGUCAGCCUUGACGAUGAACCACAGGCAGCCUCAAGAGAUGUACCAGAACCCAGGUAUCUCUGUGGUAUCUCUCUUCCUGCGUUAAGGGUCGCUCUUCGUUCAAGGAAAGCUUUUCGGGUGCAUUUCGAAGACCUGACGGACCAGAUGUAUCGGCAUCAUAUUUCUGCCAAUCGCAGCAACUCAGCGCACGCCGCGCUUGCCGACAUGGCCCUUCUACGGUAUCGGCAGAGUGACUAUGGCGCGGCUGCCUCAUACUUCCACCAAUUGACUCCAUUCUACGGCAACAAACACUGGUCUGUCCUGGAGGGUGUCAUGUUGGAGAUGUAUGCGCGUUGCUUGAAAGAGCUAGAUCGUAGCGAUGAAUAUGUCCGGACGAUUCUCCGCCUUCUUGCUAAAUUCGCCGCUUGGACGGAGUCAAACUUGUCAAGCCGACAAAAAACACUAGAUGCAUCUCACAUCUUUGCCGAAAAUGCUUUGGUCUCCGAGUAUGUUGAUGAGCUUUUCAGGGCCUCCGGAGCUUUGAACAAGGAAGUGUUCGCACCGAUGACUGAUUUUUUUGGGGACCUCAAAGUCAAGCCGACCAUUGCCCAUUAUGAAGAUAAGGACGGGUUUCAGCUGCAGCUUGCCUUGAGGUUCCUUCUCGGGAAGCGACUGGAGAUUGACUCGCUUAAGCUGCGGUUAGUCAGUGCAUCUGGUCCUCAGACCAACGAGCAUUGGUUGGAAAUGUCAACGGGGAUGACGAUCAGAUCGUCAUCGACGAAGGUUCUGGUCGACUCAUCAACUUCACUACAAGGGAAAUACUACGUGGACCGCAUCGAGAUACGUGUGAAGAAUCUCAUCUUCACGUCAACAAGUGGAAAAAACGCCUCACUACCUAUAGGGUUUAGAGAAGCAAUAGAGGCAGAAGAGGACGAUAGCCGCCCGUAUAUCUAUUGUUUUCCGCCACCGAAUGGCCUGCAGGCAAAGAUAGUUUCCCCGCACCUUGUCAAUUUGCAAGAAAUGCGGACGCUGGAGCUGGAACUCAACAGCGGAUGGAACAAUAUCAGAACAGGCACUCUGCGUGUGAGACCAGCCACUGCUGGUCUGCGACUGAGGAUCACGGAAGCAGAGUUGAUAGAAGGCGAAAUCCAAAUCAAAGCCAACAGCGAUUCAGGUACCAUAGAAUUCACGGAACUGAACCCCAACUCAUUCGUUCGGCUCCGGGUCCCAUAUACCGUCGAGGAGCAUCAACCAACACUGUCCGCUAGAGCAGAGGUGGUUUACAAAACAGACAGCGGGCUGUUUUCAUACUCUUCCAUUCACAACAUAACCUCGGCCUUGCCGAUCAGUGUCAACGUGCAAGAUAUUUUCAAGAACAGCGUGCUCUUUUCCCGAUUUACGAUCAGCCCGGCGUUGAUGAUUCCUCUGCGCAUUUCGAAAUGCAGCAUCCCAAGCUCAGACGCCUACGAGGUGCAGUCGAGCAUCGGCGAUUCUGUGGCGUUAGAUGUAUUUCCCAAGCAGCCCGCGUCCCUGAUUUACAAGAUCCGCCCGAAGCAGGAACAUGUCUCCUCCCCUGGGGCCCGGCGUUCGCUGCGACUCAGUGUGGAUUUUACAUGUGUGGACGACGAAUGCGUGGACGCCGUGGAGAGAACAUUCCGCUCCAGCGUUAUGGCCAGUGAAUUCCAGCCGUACAGCACGCUGCUAACCUCGCAUAUUGUCGAGGCGUUCCGCACGCAACUGUCAAACUCCGACAUGGAGAUCAUUGGUCUGGUCCGGGAGGUGGAAACCUUGAGUUAUGCAAAGGUUCGAUGGGAGGGGUUGCUGGGUGCGCUGAAGGAGCCAAUCCAAGGACUGAAAACUUGGCUCCAGGAAUGGCACAAGCGUAAUCCAAUAAUUCGUCUCCCGGAAUCACCCACAGUGCUCAAGAGACACAUCGUCAUCCCCGUUGAUAUUCCCGAGAUCCAGGUUGUCCACACGGCUGAGCUCCGCCUCACGAAUUUGACCGACCAACCGCGAUACGCCGCGGUUGGCCAAAUGAUCGCCGCUGAACUCAGCAUCUCUCACACUCGACGCUGGAGCUCAGCUGAACAGCGUGCGAAUCCAGACGGACCACUGGAAUUUACGUACGAGCUUCAUGCCAAUCCGGACUGCUGGCUGGUGGGCGGUCGACGUCGCGGGAAUUUCACCGCCAAUGAGGGAGAGACUAAGACCUUUGCGAUCAUGCUUCUCCCCCAGAAGGCUGGCCACCUCCUCCUCCCUGGGCUCGAGCUUCGAAGCUUUGUACCACCAUCGGCCUCGUCAGCGGGAGCCCCGCCGCCACCCACUCCCUCGAAGCCUCAGCCCUCGACUGGGGGGCCGAUGGCAGAUCCUGGGACCACCCCGAGUCUUCUGCAACGACGACCCAUUCCGUGCGAGGUAGACUACCGUAACCAUGGGGAGACAGUUCUUGUUCUCCCCGAUCUGCGAACGACGACUGUGAGUCUUUCCCUCUCUGGCGGCAGCCAUGGUGGUGCCUGGUUAGUCGACUCUGAGCGGCUACACCAAUCUGUGAAGAGUACCUAGCGUAGUAGUGAUCAUGGGGUGUUGCGACUCAUCUGUACAUAGAGCUUAGUUAUUAGAUAUAUAUCCUUAC